UCUCCCCCUACCGUCACUGCUUUACGGUCCGGCCGAGCGAAUGUUCAGUAAACGCGCUGCUGGGAGGAGGCACUACCGACAUUUCGUCUUUGACAGCCGGCCGGAGACACUUCACCUCCAGGGAACAUUUUCAUACGGCCACGAACCACAGUCCGGUAUCGUUGGUUGCUGUCCGAGCAGAACGGGAAAAGGAAGAAAUACGAGAGCAAGUCGUCGGCUCGGGUUCGUUCCGCGGGAGUAGCCAGAGCUGAGGGGAAGCAGAGCAGACCCUGCCCUUUGUGAUUGGAGAGGGACUCACGACCACAGCUCCAGCCAUACGGACUGUCUUUGCCUCCAUCAUGCAGACCUCCAUCCUUCUCCUCCUUUCUCCAGUCCUCCUCCUGUCUCUCCUCUUCCCCACCUGCUCCUCCCAGAGCGAUGCAGACCUCAUUGUUCAGACACGUUCCGGUCGAGUCCGCGGCAUCCGCAUGCCAGUGCCGGACCGAAGCUACGUCACCUCUUUCCUCGGCAUCCCCUUCGCUGAGCCACCAGUAGGGAAGCGGCGUUUCCGUCGAGCUGAGCCCAAGCGUCCGUGGACAGGGGUGUAUGAGGCCAAAGCCUACCCCAACGCUUGCUUCCAGUUUGUGGACACGUCAUUCCCCGGCUUCCAGGGCAGUGAGAUGUGGAACCCCAACAGAGACAUGAGUGAGGACUGCCUGUACCUCAAUAUCUGGGUGCCCUCCUCUCCCAGACCACACAACCUCACCGUCAUGGUGUGGAUCUACGGCGGAGGGUUCUACAGUGGUUCAUCUUCUUUGGACGUGUAUGAUGGCCGUUACCUAGCUCACAGUGAGACCGUCAUUGUGGUUUCCAUGAACUACCGGAUCGGUGCCUUCGGCUUCCUCGCUCUGCAUGGCUCUUCUGAGGCUCCUGGCAAUGUCGGUCUACUGGACCAGAGGAUGGCGCUACAGUGGGUACAAGACAACAUCCAUUUCUUCGGUGGAAACCCUAAACAGGUGACCAUCUUUGGAGAGAGUGCUGGUGGUGCUUCAGUAGGAUUCCACCUCUUGUCUCCAGAUAGCAGGCCUACCUUCACCAGGGCCAUCCUCCAGAGCGGGGUCCCCAACUGUCCUUGGGCUUCAGUCAGCCCCGCCGAGGCCCGCAGACGGGCCACGCUGCUGGGAAAACUGGUUGGCUGCAAUGGAGGCAAUGAUACCGAGCUGGUGGACUGUCUGCGCAGUAAGGAUCCACAGGAGCUUAUUGACCAGGAGUGGCAGGUCUUGCCGUGGUCAGCCCUCUUCCGCUUCUCAUUUGUCCCCGUUGUGGAUGGCGAGGUCCUGCCCGACACUCCUGAGGCCAUGCUCAACUCAGGCAAUUUCAAAGACACUCAGAUCCUGCUCGGGGUCAAUCAGGACGAGGGCUCCUACUUCCUGUUGUACGGAGCUCCAGGCUUCAGCAAGGACAACGAGAGCCUCAUCUCCAGAGACGACUUCCUGGAAGGUGUCAAGCUGAGUGUGCCACAUGCUAAUGAUAUUGGCCUGGAGGCGGUGGUGCUGCAAUAUACUGACUGGAUGGAUGAGAAUAAUGGGGUGAAGAACCGCGAAGCGUUGGACGACAUCGUGGGCGACCAUAACGUCAUCUGCCCGCUGGCCCACUUUGCCCGCACCUACGCCCAGCACAACGCCCUCAAGGCUAACAUGGGAGGAGUGAUGAACAGUGGAGGAAACUCACAAGGAGGGAUCUAUCUCUACCUGUUCGACCAUCGAGCGUCCAACCUGGCCUGGCCCGAGUGGAUGGGUGUGAUCCACGGCUAUGAGAUUGAGUUUGUCUUUGGCCUGCCACUGGAGAAGAGGCUCAACUACACCCAAGAGGAGGAGAAACUGAGCCAACGCAUGAUGAAGUACUGGGCCAACUUUGCACGAACUGGAAAUCCCAAUGUGAACCAUGAUGGGCUGGUAGAGAGCAAGAGGCGUUGGCCUCUGUUCACCGUCAGCGAGCAGAAACAUGUCGGACUCAACACUGAGCCACUGAAGGUCCACAAAGGUCUGAGGAACCAGAUGUGUGCUUUCUGGAACCGCUUCCUGCCACGCCUCCUCAACAUCACUGACAACAUAGACGAGGCAGAGCGUCAGUGGAAGGUGGAGUUCCACCGCUGGUCCUCCUACAUGAUGCACUGGAAGAGCCAGUUUGACCAUUACAGCAAGCAGGAGCGCUGCACUGACCUCUAAGAGCCUCAGCAGAGAGAUGAGAGAAUGACAGGGAGGGGGGAGGCAGAGAGAACAAGCUGUGGCCAUUUUCCUCCAUAGCCCCCUCAGUGAAGUCUAACUUCAUUCAAACUUUUGUUUUUUGUUUUACUUCACACACAAACACAGGCACUGCUGAUCUUCAUUUGUAUUAUUUAUACUAUUUAUUAAUGUGUUGUUUUUCUGAAUUUCUGUGUCCCUGUGGAAAUUAAUGGCUAUGGAGGGAAGUUGUCAUCAAUAUGGAGGAAUUUUAGAAAUGUCAAAGAUGUGUCAUUACCUCUGGCGUGUGUGUGUGUGUGUGUGUGUGUGUGUGUGUGUGUGAGAGAGAGAGAGAGAGAGAGAGAGAGAGAGAGAGAGAGAGCGUGUGUGGUUUGAAAGCCCCCAGUUACACUCAAAUCGACAGGCCCAUGACACUGCACCACUGCUGGUUUACUGUUGACUCACUUGUCUUUGUGUUGAUAUCAUAAACUCAUCUUUUGUUUUCUGAGGAUUCCUUCUUUACAUAUCAGGGUUUUGUGUUUUUGGACUCAACAACACUGUUUCUUUUUGUCGAGGCCUUUCAGUCUUGUUCUUGUUCAUUACUAUGACCACUAUUCUCAUAACCUGUCGUAUUCAGCUUCACUUUGUCUUGUCUGUUACUCGUGGUAAAGCCAUAAGCUGGGUUAAAUCACUGUGUUUCUGUGUGAAAAGGCGCCAUGGAAACAUUAGACUACAUUUCUCUCUGUACUGAGAAAACCACUUUAUGCUAGUUUGAUGUGACAUGUCGGUUUGUAAGUUAGAUCUUUUAUUUGUACUUUGGAUGGUGUAUGACAUUCAGCCCAACUGAUUGGUGCCUAAUUUACAUUUCAGAAGAUCACUCUAAAUCUGCUUGACGGUUGAACAAAAACAGAAACAAGUCAUGUUAAUGUUAAUGGCCUGUUUCAACUGUCUUAUUUGCAUAUCAGCGUAGUGAGACAGAAAUAGGGUGCAGGAAGUGAGCAGAGAAACUAAAAAUGUCUGCUGAUAAUGCAAAAUACAAACAAUCAAAAUGUGAUUCAGUAUCCCUGCAAAUGCAUCACAUUUGCAAAGGCAAUCUGCGGGUAAUCUGCUUAACAGCUGCCACUUGGACACGAGAUAACUGCGGGAUAACAGCAAAUGGUACAACAGGAGUACAACUGCAUUGUGUCAUAAAGUCAGUGGUGUCAACAAUAAAAACAAUACUAUAUUAAGCAGAACUUAAAGGAAUACUUCAUCCAGAAAAUGAUCAUUUGUGUAUCAGUCACUCACACUGAAUUCAUGAAGAAAACAUUUUUCUCAGAUGCCUCCACAGUGAACAAAGAAUCCAAAAGCAGAAGAAAAAAAAUCUGUAUGAAAUGGAGCAAAUGGGGGCAGCGUUUAACAACAGCAAAUUUUUAUCAAAACUUUAGUUUACAAACACUCACAGAACUUGUGCAGUAUAAUCGAAGUCUCAUUUAUCCAGUCGUAUGCUCAGUACUUCCACUUAAAAAGUCUUAUGCACAGAUGAGGAAUGCUCCAGGUUAACUCAGUGGAAAACAGGGGCAGAAUUCAAAUGCACACCCUUGCCGAGGCAGGCUACUUGUUGCAAACAGAUUUUUUAAAUAUAGUCCUGCUGUUGUUUAACUCGGAACCCCCUCACUUCCAUUAUGACUUCCAAAUUUUGAUUUUGUGGGUAAAGUAUUUUAAUGUUUAAUUUCUCAAUAAAUCGAUUCAUUAUUUGGUCUACAAAACAAAAUUUGGUAUCUUGCAGUACAAAGUAGUUUUGUCUGAUUACCUGUCCCAAACCCCAAAUAUUCAAUGUACUUAAAGAAAAGCAGAGAAUCUUGAACCAUCAAGUUUUGGCAUUUUUGCCUAGAAAGUGACUUAAAUGAUUAAUCUAUGAAGAAAAUAGUCCACUAAUGGAUUCAUCGUUGCAGCUCUACUCUUAAAUCUAUUAACAUUAACCACUAUAAGCUAGUGGUCAUGCUAGACCAAGUGAGACUAUAGUAGCAAAAUGGCUGAGUGUGUUGAAUUGAGCAAGGGUGUGCUUCACUGCUUAUUGACUCAACUUCUCAUUUGCAAGUAGAAGAUGAUGUCAUUUCUUUUUUCAAGUUAGUCUCAUUUUAAAGCCACUAAAUAUGGCAUUUUAAAAAUGUCUUACCUUGGCGUAAUUUGCUGGUAGCCUUCAGAAUAAUACAAUGGCAGUACCCAACAGUGUCCUACAGUACCCUACAGUACUCAACAGUACCCUACUGUAGCCUAUGGUAUGCUAAGGUACCCAGAAGUACCAUAAAGUGUCCUACAGUACCCUACUGUACCCUAUCAAUUCAAUUAAUCAAUUUUAUUUAUAAAGCCCAAUAUCACAAAUCACAGUUUGCCUCACAGGGCUUUACAGCAUACGACAUCCCUCUGUCCUUUGGACCCUCACAGCGGAUAAGGAAAAACUCCCCAAAAAAACCCUUAAGUUACCCUACAGUGUUCUACAGUACCCUAUUGUACCCUACAGUACCCUGCAGUGUCCUGUACCCCAAGGUACCCUACUGUACCCUGAGAUACCCAACAGUAGCCUACUGUACCCCAAGGUACCCUACUGUAUCCUAAGGUACCCAACAGUACUCUACAAUGUCCUACAGUACCUUACUGUACCCCACAGUACCCUAAGGUUCCCAACAGUACCCUUCAGUGUCGUGCAGUACCUCUCAAUGCUGUACAGUAUCCUGUACCAAAACCCUAAAUUAUAUCCAUUUCAGUAUGCUCAUUAUAAUGUAAUAUCUACCUGUAAUACUAUUUCCUUUGUCAAAUGAUGGUUUUUAGUAUAUUUGUUCGACAUUUUGACAAAUCCUUACAUAACAAUGAGAGUGAAUCAGUUGCUUGAGGAAGGGAAGAUGGUUGUCUAACUAAAGGGAUAUCUUGGAUUUUAGCAACCUUCUCUUCAGACUCAUUUGUCCUUCAGAAAGCUAAAGUUAACCCUUUAAAUAUAUACAGUAUAAUGUGUAUGUCUGUACAUGUUUGUGUGUUUGUGUGGAAGCGAGAGUAGGGCCGGAGCUAUGAGGUUACUGAGCUCAUGUGAUCAGUAUUGGGGGGGGGAGGGGGGGAGUUGAAUUUAUGCCCUUAGUCCUUUUAGAAUCUUAGCUAUGGCCCUGUUCAGGAGCCAUUACGAUACUGAACAACUGCACUGAAAUAUGUGAGUAUGUGUGUGUAUGUGUUGUGGUAGAUGUGUGUGUCAUCCUGUCAUGUACAGCUGUGAUGUAUUUCAUUAACAUAUCUCCCUCUCUGUCAUUACAGUCCUCACUGCUUUAUUGCUCUGUCCUGUCGUUUAUCUUUUAUUUCUGUCCAUCUCCCUCCUUUUAUUCCACCUCACAUCUCUGCUGUCAGUGUUUCUUUCCUUCAUUCAAUUUUUCCACCAACUGCCCACCACUCUCCUCUCUUCUCCUUCCCCAUCCUCCGUCCCCCCUCCAUCCCCUCUGUCCUCCUGCAUCUGUUCCUCUCCCUCCAUCACCGCCCUGUUGCCCUGCUUUCCGCCUCUCAGUCUUCCUCCUGUUUCAUCUUCCUCUCUAAUCAACCUCCACCCACCCUCCUGUCUUUCUUGCUCUCUUCCUUUCAUCCUUCACUCCCUCCUCUGCCUUCCUCCUCUCACUCUUGUGUAAGACCUCUACUUUUCUGUCCUUCCUUUACACCCCCUCUCGCAUCUCUUUCUCCUUCUACCUCAUCUAACUUUGGUCCUCUUUAUCAUCUUUCCAUCCUUCCUAAUCCAUCUCUCAGUCGCAUCACUCUUCCCCUUCCUCCCCACUCAGCCCUCUUGCUCUUCGCCCCUCCCCUUUCCCCUUCUCUCUCUCCCCAUCCUCCUGCUUUCUCGUUAGUCUAAUGGAGGCAGAGUAAUUCACUCAGCGGCAGGAUAAUGUGACAGAGCGCUUGCUCAGCCUCUGGCCUGCCAGCCAACAGGACACAAUGGAUAGAUGGAAAAUGGAGGUGGAAAUGCACAGGGAUGAGGCAAGGAGAAAAGGGACAGAGAGAGGGGAGAUGGACGAGGCAGAAGGAGAGGUGGAGAUGUGACGGGAAGAUGAAAAGACAGUCAGAGAAAUAACAUCGUUACGUAACUCUUGUCCUUAGAAAGAACGGCGUCUGUGAGUUUCAGCUUUCACGUGUGGCACUGAUGAUGAAUUAUUCAAAUGUAAUUAAAAGUUGAAAGCUGCAUAUUCAAAUUGACAGAAAGUCCCUCUCAGAUUUGGGUUUCAGGGCAGGAACAUGUUUUUAUUUAUUUAUUUAUUUAUUUAUUUAGUUAGUUAAUUAUUUGUAUUGCCCCAACACCAAAGUAUAGCUGCACAUUGGCUCAUCAUUUUAUUAUAAGUGAGCGAUGUUGAAAGAUAACAGUAGUGGAGUAAAUAGUGUGGUUUACUGAACACAACAAACCAACAUGCAAUACCCAAACAAUGAGCAUACGGUUAAAUCUUUUACCCAUAAAGACUGGAUUUGUAUUUAUAGAAAAAUAUGUAUUUAUUUAUGUUGUAACACUCUAGAGUGAAAGCUCCUAUUUAGCAGCAUUAAAGUCUGUAAAUUGAAAAGAAAGAACAAUAGGCUUGCUGAUUUUGAUUACUUACGUACGGAGGAUGAUUAGGGUCAAAUGUGAAAAAUGUAAUUGACGUAUUUCAAUUGAUUUCUAAGUUUAAAGUCAGAAUUCUGACUUUAAAGAGAAUUCAAAACGAUGCAGACGUAAUUGUGAAAAAUUCUGACUUCAAACUAAAAUAAAAUUUUCAAAUUGGCGUUUCUGAAGCAAAGGCAUAACCUGGCCUGAUUAGGUCACCCUGACAUUCUGACCCACACCGUAACCAAUCCGACUCCUCUUCCCUAAACCUAACCAACCCAACCAACAAAGGCAACAAGUACCAGUCAAUCAGAGGUAGAGAAGGGCGGGUCAGGCCUUCGCUAUACUCCGAAAGACUAAUUUGUGUGGGGGAGGGACUGGAAGUUGUUUUCUUAAACAUGAAAUUGAUAUGGGUUGAUCAGAAGUUGUUAUUUAUUAGAAAACAUUAACACAACAGCCUCAGAAUUGAGCUUCAUCAUUUUGAUCACAAAAUUAAGAGAAUUAUUUAUGAGCGCAGAUAUUGGCACACUGACUUGGAUGAUACUAGUACUUGUGAAAAGACCAUAAUCAGUACGAUACUUGAUAAAUUUACAGCACCAUUUGCUGAAUGGGACUUUUGACUUUGGCUGUCUUCUCACUCCACCUGAGUGUGUAGCUAUGCAUCAUUUAUCUGUGUGUCUGCCACCCUUAAUAUCACUGUGUGUGUGUGUGUGUGUGUGUGUGUGUGUGUGUGUGUGUGUGUGUGCGCGCGCGCGUGUGCCUGUGUGGGUAAUGUACUCACUGUAUGUGUCUUUGUCAACCUCUUCGCCAUUUUUAUUUGAACACUGGGAGGGAUGUGAAUCAGCACUCUGACUGGCUGAUGGCCAUCCCAUCUAGGUGUCUCCGUUGGCAUGUAAAGCUCCUAUUUAUGGAUCGGAGUAGAGUAGUCUAGCUUUAAAAAUAACUAAAUAUGAAUAAAGGAUUGUACCUGAUGUCUAAAGUACCAGUGAAGAAUGCAUGUGGGACUGGCUGUGUGAGUGACAGCUCCUCCAGCUCCUCUCAUCCAAUGGGAGACCCCCGCUUAAGCCCUCCUUACCCUGCCCUCCUAUCAGAUCCUUGUGCAUGUCCUGAAGUCGACCCCGUCCUCAGUAUAUCCUUCCAAACUUGGACUGUUAUUUUCUGUAAAAUUUGUACUUUUGAACAAAACUAUUAUCAAAGUAACUAAUAUAUCUCUAAUGUUAGGUACGUUUUAAUGUUAGCAAUAACGUAAAUACAUCAGUAAAGGAAUAUAUUUGAUAUUUAAAUGCAGUGAAAAUAUAACGUGAUAAAAACAACAACGAUGAUGGAUAGAGGUUGUGUUUUAAAAGCAAUAUUAUUCUGAGUAUAAACUAAAAAUGAGUGCCAUAAAUCUUUUUUCUUGAAUUCUUUUUUUUUUCUGUUUGUUUGACUUUGUUUCAGUCCUCUGCCUCAUUGUUGUUUGUUCCAGUCACUAGUACUGUAAGUGUUGAAGGCUUCUGUAGCUUCCCAGUAUGUCUCUGUGUAUCAUGAAUGCUGACUUGGUUAAGCUAUAGCAACAGAAAUAAAGACACCCUGCUGCUUCUGUC